AUGACUUGGAAAGCUGGCAUCGUCGGGGUAACGCCCUGGCACCUGUUAUUAGCGGGUCUAACCGUAUUCUGCUACUGCUGUGCUGUGGCGAUCUACCGCCUAUACUUUAGCCCUCUCGCGAAGUUUCCCGGGCCGAAGCUGGCUGCUCUCACCAGUCUUUAUGCCGGGUAUUACGACGUGAUUCGUGGCGGACAGUAUGUCUGGAUCGUUGAGGAGAUGCACCGAAAGUACGGACCUGUAGUUAGGGUCAGACCUGAUGUGUUACAUGUCAAUGACCCAAGCUCUAUUGAGAAGCUCUACCCGCUGUCUCCCAAACAUCGUCGCGAAAGAUACAAGACCAUCUUGAAGACGCUUCAAUUACCUGGCUCCAUCCUCGCAACCCAGGAUCAUGACUUGCACCGAAAACGCCGGAGUGUUCUGAACCCCUUCUUCUCCCAGCAGAACGUGCGCCGUCUUGAGCCUAUCAUCAAUGACACUCUGGCGACCUUGUUGCGUCGCAUGGAUCGCUGGGCUCAACGUGGGGAUACUGUGCAUCUUAGCGCUCCCUUUCGUGCGGCCACCAAAGAUAUCAUUCAAGUCAUCCUAUGCUCUUGGGAUAGUGCCAAGUUCCUUGAGAUGGAAGACUGCAAUGCCCCAUUCUUUGACGUCAUGGGACCAUCGAGAGUUACUCACUUUGGCACUGAAAUCCCCGAGUCUGAGAAGACAGCACAACGGCUCGCUGAUGAGGCUGUGGUCCUAUUGAUUGCUGGCAGCGAAACGACCGCAUCGACGCUAGCUGCAAUCACGUUUCAUUUACUAGAUGAACCACGUAUGUUGGCAAGACUGAAAGCUGAACUUGAAACAGCAAUGCCGGACCCCAAUCAACUCCCUAUUGCAUCGAAACUGGACGGUUUACCUUUCCUCAAUGCCCUUAUUGAGGAGGCUAUUCGCUUUUACCCCGGAGCGAGCCACCGUCAGGAUCGCGUCGCCCCUGAUGAAGAUCUUGUGCUUGAAACAACAGAGGGCAAGAAGUUUGUAAUACCGGCAGGGACACCCUUCGGCAUGACAGCGCCGAUCAUCAAUCGUCACCCCGCGCUGUACGAGAACCCUAACGUGUUCUACCCUGAUCGCUAUAUUGAAAACCCAAAGCUUCUGAAAUCUCAGUUCAGCUUCUCGAAGGGUGCUCGUCAAUGCAUUGGCAUGAACCUGGCGUAUCAGGAACUGCAAUCAUUGACCGCUGGCAUAUUCCGCAAGUACGAUGUUUAUGAUCCUACGUUGGAGACACAAACUGGCCCCACUUUGGAAUUGUACGAGACCAAAAUUGAAGAUAUCGCCAUGGAUGCCGAUUAUAUAACGACUUCUCCUUACCCUGGAAGCCAGGGCGUCAGAGUCAGGAUCCGAAGAUGA